UCGCCGCGAUCGUUUCGCGAGACCGGAUAUCGCGUUUAACCCGGACUCGAAAUCAUUUGGUGGUCUUUAUUUGUUCUGUGAGCCGUGAUUGUGCGGUCAAACAUAUUGUGCGUAUAAAUCGACGUUAAAGGGGGUUGAAAAGAAGGAAAGAAUGAAAGAGAGGGAGAGAGAAAAACAAGCCGAAAUAGGUACGCGAGUAUUACAAAUGUUUAAAAAUUGAUAAACGAAUAACGUGUAAUAUAUGAAAGUAAAGAAACGAUUGUCAGAUUUCAGAACUUACUGUUACACGAUUUCAAUAACUUUUUUCGUAAACUUGAUCGCAUUUUCAUCUUUCUUUGUUUUGGAUUUUCGAUAAUUUUACGGAAUCCUGUUUAUUCUGAUUUCCGGUUUUUUCUGAUUUUCUACACCCAGUCGGUGAGUAAACUACGCUGUCUUAAAAGUGGUUUAGGUCUCAUGGUGCCAGUGAAUUGAUGGAUCAAAACUUGAAACCGUUAUUCGUGGUUUAAUUGAAGGACAAACUUUUUGUGUAGUCGGUGGGUGAAUCUGUGCUAAAUGUUAAAAAUAAAAUAAAAUUAAGUACACAAACAAUCGUUAAAAUAAUAAAAUAAAAUUCGUGCAGUAAAAUACCUUGUGAUCACCGACGAGAGAAUUACGAAAAAUUGUAUCAUUCAUUCGUGUGUGGUUCGACACAAUUAAACGACAUUGCUGAGAGUAAUUGAAUAAAAUUAAUAAAAAAAAAAAUAAAAAAAAAAUAAAAUAAUACAAAGGUUAAUUAGGAACGUGGAAUGAUGUGAGGAUUUGCUCCGGAAUGUGAAAUAUGCCCGACGGAGAAGAUAGUGUUAUAAAUAGCAAGAAUACCGGCUAGCUGAGCAGAAAUAAAGGGUCAUCACUUUAUCCCAUGGACCAGAGAAAGAAGGACCAUCUGAUAACGGGCUUAUCUUCUAUGGAUACGGAGGGCCUUCCUUUCGGGUCUACGUAGAACGAGGAGAACCAGAGCCGAGGACUGCAGGGUUCGGGUCAAGAUGAACGGGACAGAAGGACCUCCUGAGGGCUGAGCGCGGAACGUUAAGGCGCGGAGAUGUGGCCAAGCACAGCUCUUCGAGUCUUAGACGUUUUCGUCAUUUUGACCGCUAUGACGACGGUCGCGUCAGAGUUGGGAACUGGUGAGGUCCCUGGGGACAUCGGUCACUCAACGAACGAGAAAACGGAUGAAAAAUACGGGCCGACCGGCUUCUCAACCAUCGAAACCGACUUUGAGGAAUAUUUCAAGGUACAGGAUUCGAGCUCGGAAAAGUCGAUGAGCGACGAAUUCAUCCUUUCAACGUUGUCCCCCGGCACUGAUUCCGUGAUAGAUAAUUCAGCGACGGAUGCAGGAGCGACUAAACUUUCUCUGGACUUGAUCACGCGCGAUUUUGACCACCAGGAAUAUUCCGGACUGUCGCGGGAUCAGCAGAAUGAAAUUCUUGCCGGUGAUCCGAGCGACUUAGACUCGGAGAAUCGAGGAUUUUCCGAACCAGCAAACAACUCUGGUGUUUCCUUCUCCGUCUUGGAGGUUAACACAGAAUGGACUGCGUCUCCAAGUCUCGACACAGUUCUGCUGCCCGAAAACGUGAGGGCGAUAUCCUUUCAAAUCCCAGGAUCCAGGGGCACGAAUGAAAGAAAUCCCGCAGGUGGCGAACGCAAAAGUGUCUCCGAUUUUGGUACGGAGAUUAAAAAACCACUCGCGGAUUCCGAGGAGAUCGGACGGACUUCGGGGUCCAAAGGGUCCUACUCGAAGAUAAUUUUUGAGGGGAUUAAUCCCAAGGGAAAGAGCGGUGACCAUUCGGGGCAGCAGAAGAACCAGAUCAUCCCAAAGUCUGCGAAGGCAUUCUACGAAAUUAAGUCCUCAAUGACUACUGAGGCCGUCAUUGACUCUGACAAUUUUCAUGAUCUCAGCACUCACGCUAAUCCACGAAAGUUUACUUUUCCAACCAUACCGUGGAUGGCCAGUGCCAUGGGAAAAUAUGGACCGUAUUUCGAGGACGGACCCGGGGACACAAAUAUCACUGCCAGAAUCGGCUCAACGGUGCUUCUCGACUGUAAAAUUGGCAUGCUGCACGACAAAACGGUGACCUGGGUGCAGCACAUCAAGGAUUCGAUUCACCUUCUAACAGUCGCCAGGCAGGUUUACAGCGCCGAUCAGCGAGUCAGCCUCAGUUUUCGGUAUCCCAGUAACUGGAGGCUGCAAAUACAGUACGCAUCGCUCAGGGAUUCUGGUCUUUACGAAUGUCAAGUCGCGACGCAUCCACCUAGGAUAAAAAAAAUAAACUUGAUUGUAACUGCACCGGUCUUAACAAUAGUUGACGAUGCUGGAAGAGUCGUCGCCGCUGGGGAAAGACACCUCAAAGCCGGAAGUGUUUUGAAGCUCAGCUGCGAGGCUAGAGAUGUUCGCGAAGACGAGGGCGAGUCUCUUGUGUGGACCAGGGGGGAUGAAACCCUCACCGAAAACGUCAGUGAAAAUAAAACGAUGGAGUACAUCGGUGAGAUGGAAAUCCACGUAGUCGUGAGCACUGUGUCCGUCGAUAAAGCUACGCCAAGGCACGCUGGAAACUACAGCUGUUCUGUCCCCGGACGGACCAAGUCAACCGUUGUGGUCCACGUGCUGAACGGUGAGCUUCCAGCCGCUGUUCACGACGGAAACGGAGUUUCUCAUGCUGUCCUCAAUCUAUGGUUGGUUCACCUUACCAUCAGCUACGUUUUCUCGAGAUGACAGUAUUAAGAGAACGGUGGCUAAACUCUUCGGCCGCGCGGGUAGACAAAGCAACGUACUUAAAUCGUUGGACAAAUAUGGACUACUAAAGAAAAUUUCAGGUCUGUCCUAUUACAUGUAGGUAUAUAUAUAUAUAUAUAUAUAAUAAUAAAUAUAAAUAAUAUAUAUAUAUACAUUCAAACUCGUAUCGAUACUAGUCCAUUCGUUUGCUCCAUCUUGUCGAGUGAACUGAAAUUUAUAUAUACAUAUAUACACAUAAACACAUAGCUGUGGUGUGUGAUAAAGAACGGGACGAGAGAACUUGGCAACGGAUCGAGAGCUUUCUACAAUUCACCUCAGCCUGUUGCUACCGCCAUUACAUACCUAUACAAGUGUGAUCAAAGAUAUGUCUAAUAUUCAAAUUGAUGAUAAUUACAGUAACGAUUUCAAUAGUUAAUAACAGUUAAAUUUAAAGUGAUAUCGAAUUAUGGCUAGGUCAGGACUCGGACCAAUGACCAAUAAAAACAAUUUAGUUGAGAAUUUUCAUGCAGAGCUGACGUCAUCGUUGGUGCUAUCCAUUAAAUUGAACUACAGUAUAGGUAUACAUACGCUAUUACAUGGUAUCAUAUAUGUAUAUUAUAUAUUACAAUGAAAAAAACCACUUACCUAGCUGAUCGUACGAAAACACUACACGUACAGGGUGUUCCGCGAAUGUCAACAUUGGCUACAUAUUUCUUGAUGAAAGCGAUGCGGGUGGUUUG